UAUACAGGAACAGAAGGGGCUGAGUAUGUGUGUGUGUGUGUGUGUUGGAGCGCAUGGUAGUUUUCACGGAGGUUUUAAUGCUCAGCUGUUGUUCAUGCGACAGAGUGCGAGUGUAAAAAAAUGGUGUAUUUAUUAUUAUGUCGGACCUUCCGCCUCGGCAGUAGCGGAAACCCAUGUGCGCCCAGUUAUUUCGAGCGCGACCAGGCAGGUAGCGCUGAGUCAGGGAAGAUUUUUCCCGAAAGGAAGUCUUUCGGUGCCUGAAACCGAUCGUUACGCGGUUGAUCACGGUUUUUGCAUGAACGUUGCGCGUAAAUUCCCACUUAGUCACAGCCGAUGGGAACAACGUGCUGAAUUUGCACAACGUCAUGGUGGGACCUUCUGCGGAGUCACUGCGGAGUCACUGCGGAGUAACGCCCCCGCCCCCAAAACCCUCCCCUCCGUGGACCAGGUGGCUCCGAAUGAAUGUUCCAGCUGCUGCGCGGUCACGAAAUCAGGCGCGCCCUCCGGGAGCGCGAGGUCCGAAGGUUGAAGGCGGCGAAGGCCGGGGGACGAGAAGUUCUCAGCGGUCGGAGGGGAAGAGCGCGCGCGCGAUGAGGUUCCUCAGCGAGGACGAGCUGAAGGUGGUCGAGGAGGUGCUCGCAAGCCACCUGCCCAGAUCCCUGCAGGUGUACGGAUACGUGUUCCAGAAGAACCGAGUGACAUCUGAGCCCAUGGAUGUCAUAGUAGACAGGUGGCCGGACUUCUCCGCAAUACUCUGCCGCCCACGGGUCCACACGAAAGGAGACCUUUUCAAGGACAUCUGUGUGUUUGCUAAAGAUGACGGACCUUUGAGAGGACUGCUGGGCGAGGACGGCAUCAUCAACUGGGAGCAAUUUUUGUGUCUGGGAGCCGACUCGUCCCACGAGGAGACCGUGAUGGGAGUGGCGGCAGAGAGAGGCGCGUCCGGGAAACGGGUGGCUUUGUGUCACAUGCUCUUCCUAAAGGAUCCCAGCCACCUUCCCACAGCGGACAGGUCCCCUCUGAGAAUGUCUUCCCUCGACGAGUCCAAUGUGGACCUGGUCAACGAGACGUGGAAGUUCGGGAACGGGGAGCGGAGCGUCCAGAUGAUUCGGAACAUGAUCCGGCAUUUCCCCUCCUGCUGUCUGUGGGACGAACGGGGGUGCGUGGUAGCGUGGAUUCUGACCUACCCGUCGGGUGCCAUGGGCAUGCUGUACACCGUGCCGGAGCACCGGGGGAAGGGCUACGCCAAGCUUCUCAUCAGCACUAUGUCCAGGAGGCUCCACAGUCAGGGCUACCCAGUCUACUGCUUCGUCGAGGAGGAGAACCAGCUUUCCUACAGGAUCUUCAGAAACCUUGGCUUCACCGAGGACCCGGCCUACAGAGCAGCCUGGUUUGAGUUUCACCACCUGUGAUGUGUGACAUCAGUUAGAUUUUAUAGUCCAUCAGUGUCCAAGCUGAGGAUUUUUUAAAAAAAAAAAUCUGUGCUCAAAAAAAAAAAGAAAAUAAAUCCAAACGGAUAA